AUGGCGCAGCCGGACUUUGCCUACCGCAUGUCGGCAGGUAUGCCGAGUGACCCUUGGCUCUCUACGCGCAGCCCGCUAUACAACGAUACAACAUCAUACCAGCAGCACACCAACAACACCUCGUUCGAUGUCACGGGCAGGGGUCCCUAUCGGCCGCAUAGCGUGGCCUUCUCAACAACCGGAAAUGUCUCGACGUUUAACCUGCCAACGACCGCCGUGUCGAUGACGGCGCUAGGCAACGGUAUCGGCCUCGGAAGCAACCUAAAGAACCAAUACAACCUUGGACGAGCCGGACCCGACCACGUCUACCACCACGCCGCUGCUGCUGCCGCCGCCGCGCCCACUCCUCAGCUUUACAACCCCCGACCAGCCCCCGUCGGGCCGGCGUACACUAGCGCGCCAAGCCACGGCGCCGUCCACGGGCACCUUAACGGGCAGUACCGAAGCACCGCGCCCAACCUCAACCAUACACAGGGGGGAUGGGGUGAUCACCACCACCCGACGUCGUCGUCGCGGUUCGCCUCGUCGUCGUCGGAUUCGGUCGACGACAUCAUGGGCUCGCCCAGCCUCUCCGACUACUCGCUCGACAACCCGUCGCUGUCAACAGCACCAUCCAGCAAGCCGGGCGGCAACAAGAACCACCACAACCACCACAACCACCAUAACAACCACAACGGCAACGGCAAUGGCAACAACCGAGGCGGCCGUUCCCAGCGCCGGCCCUCCAACCGGGACGAGUUCGACGGCCCCCACCAAUUCCUCCAGCGUCCUCCGCCCGAAUACAUCGCCAUGCAAGAGCGCGAGCUCCCGCACCUGCCCACCAACCUGCUCGUGCAAGAACAGGACUCAGUCCUGACGCAAGUCAACGACCGGCUCUCCCAAUGCGCCUACGAUUUCGUAGCCAAGUACCAGUUCCCCAUCCCUUUAACCCAAGACAUGCGGCCCGUCGAGAGGCCGCAAGACCGCGAGUGGACCGAGUGGGUGUAUCUUUUGAAGAGACUGGCCACAAAGCGCAGGAUCCCUGCACGGGUGCUGUAUAACGGACAGAUCAAGCAGUUUGUGACGAUUCUGGAGAACAGUCUGGAGAUGAGGCAUGCGGCGAAGCAUCAGAGUCGCCCGCUGAAGGACGAUCGGAAUAUUUUGCAGCUGAUCAGUGCGGGAAUUCAGGUCGCCAAGAUUCUGAAGGAUGCGCCGGCUAUGGACUUUUUGGACAAGUUGUAUGUGAGCACGGAGCAGCAGAUUCAGGAGCGGGCGGCGGCUGCGGCGGCGAGGUUUCGUUGA